CCAGCAGGUACAGGAGAUCUGCGAGUCUUCUCCCCGGGCGAGUGGGGAUCAGCCGGUACGAGAUGUACAUCCGGGCUCAGACGAAGCACUCGCCAAGAUAAAUAGUCGCCAUGCCGUCAGCUUGAGGAGAGACUUCUGACCUUCAUCCGCUCAGGAGACACUGCUUCAGUAACUUUACCCUCUACACGUUUCCGUUCAAACUUGCUCCAACAUGCGUACCGCUACCCUCCUCUCUCUUCUGCCUUUGGCAUUCGCUGCUCCAGCUAAGCGGGCCGAGCCAGCCCCUCUCCUCAAGCCGCGAGGGUCUCAGCUCCUUGAGGGCAAGUACAUUGUCAAGCUCUAUGAGAACUCCGCCAUCUCAGCUCUUGCGGACACGAUGAGUGCCUUCGAGGGCGAUGCCGACCACAUCUACGACAUUAAAGGUUUCAAAGGCUUUGCCUCCACCCUCACGCCCGAGAACCUCGAGACGCUGCAGAACCAUCCUGAUGUCGAGUUCGUCGAACAAGAUGCUGUCAUGAGCAUCAACGCCUAUAUUACCCAGACCGGUGCUCCUUGGGGUAUUUCACGGAUGUCCCACAAGACAGGCACAGACACCUACGUCUAUGACGAGAGUGCCGGCUCCGGUACCUGUGCCUACGUCGUUGACACUGGCAUUUACACGGCGCACCCGGAAUUUGAGGGUCGUGCUGAGUUCCUGGCUAAUUACGCGGACCGCUCUGACACAGACGGCAAUGGCCACGGCACACACGUUGCGGGCACAAUUGGCAGUAAGACGUAUGGUGUCGCGAAGAAGACCCAGCUCUUUGCUGUUAAGGUCCUCGAUUCAAGCGGCUCUGGAAGCACCUCUGGGGUUAUCGCUGGCAUGAACUUCGUCGCCACUGAUGUCAAGACCAGGGAUUGUCCCAAGGGCUCAGUCGCCAACAUGUCGCUCGGUGGUGGGUUUUCCACUGCCAUCAACAGUGCCGCAAAGGCUGUGGUCAAUGCUGGUGUAUUCCUUGCCGUCGCAGCCGGCAACGAUAACGAAAACGCUUCUAAUGCCUCGCCUGCUUCCGAGCCAUCUGUCUGCACAGUGGGGGCUACUACCUCCUCAGACGCGCGUGCUAGCUACUCCAACUACGGAUCAUUAGUCGAUAUCUUCGCGCCUGGUUCGAGCAUUCUCAGCACUUGGGUUAGCGGCCGCACUAACACCAUCUCUGGCACCUCCAUGGCCACCCCCCAUAUUGCCGGUCUCGGUGCCUAUCUCCUCGGCCUAGAGGAGAAGAAGACUCCCGAGGAGCUUUGCAAGUACAUAGGAUCAACUGCUAACUCGGGCGUCCUGACCAGCGUCCCAAGUGGCACUGUCAACAAGCUCGCCUUCAACGGAAACCCCAGCGGUUAAGCGCAGUGGCUCAAGGGUAAGAAUGAAGCGCGUUCAUGGGUAUAUCGUGGCAUUAUAUAUCCACAGCUACAUCUAUAGCCUACAUGUAGGAAGGUGGACAUACAUACCUCUAUGCAAGUGUUGGGUUGCUCCUCAGAGUACAAUCCACAUCUGCUAUACGAAUUAGCCGCGACAGAGUAUUAAUUGACUGGCAGAUUGAGUAACUUCUCCC